AUGAAGAUGGUAGUAAAAAUAAUAACGAUGGGAAGAGAAGCAGAUCGAGUUGGAGAGGCUUCGCACACUCCAGAAUCCAGAUCGAGACUACGCCUAGCCGGGAACUCGAAGCAACAAGAAACGUGUUUGACCGGGACAGAAAAGAGAGGGUCUCGUGAUCAUGUGCAUGCUUGUUCUUGGAUCGGAGUCGAUUCCAGGUGCUUGUGGCCAAUCGCAAUUUGCCUCAGCGAGAAGAACAUGGAAGACGCCAUUAGUUUAGCGAGGAUGGUGGUUGGAUUGGUUCAGGAAACUCGAAGGGCGCCGCUGAAAGAGAUGUCAUAUCAUUUGGAGAACCCUACAAAGGUUCACUAUGGCUGGAGGCUGGAACCAUGCGUGCGAUGGAGAGUGAUUUGGGCCCGCAAGCUUGUUCGAUCAUUGGGCCUCUCAAUUUCGUCCAUGCCAAAAUAA